UGACAACGAAAGUGACAUUCAAAAAAAAUAAAUAAAAAUAAGCAUAUCAUACAAAAUUGUUGAAAAUAAUGGCAUCAGUGAAUAUAAGUGGUUUCAUAAAUUCCUUCGAUAAUAAGCUGGAACCCCCAAUCAAACACCAUUUGAAAAAUGUCUAUGCCUGUUUGGCCAUGUCAACUCUGGCAGCUGGUUUAGGAGCCAUAAUUGCAACCCACAAUUUGAUCAAGACAGAAGCAGGCUUAUUUUGUGCUAUAGGAGCCGCAGUUUUCUUGUUUUUAUUGCUAAUAUACCCAGACGACGAUGGCAAAGAAACAGCCAAAAGAGUAGGAUACCUUUUCGGUUUCUCUGUAUUGAGCGGAUUUGGCAUGGGCCCCUUGCUUAAAUAUGCUAUGAUAGUAGACCCAAGCAUCAUUGUUACAGCUUUAAUUUCUACUAGUCUAGUCUUUGUAUCAUUUAGCCUUUGCGCUAUAUUCUCUGAGAGAGGCAAAUGGCUGUACUUGGGCGGAAUUCUUCUAACCUUACUAAACAGCUUGAUGCUUAUGGGUUUUGCUAACAUAUUCCUUAAAUCAACUGUAUUAUGGAACAUUCGUGCAUAUCUGGGAAUUUUUGUUAUGUGUGGAUAUAUUUUGUAUGACACACAAGCUAUAAUUGUGAAGAGGAAAAUGGGAAGCAAGGAUGUUGUAGCUCACGCGUUGGACUUGUUUGUUGAUGUGCUUGGAAUUUUCAGGAAAUUGCUUAUAGUUUUGUCCCAGAAGGAAGAACAGAGGAAGAAGAGAAGGAACUCUUAACUGAAGUCAUGUACUUGGAGUUAUUUGAUCAUAUAACUAAUAUAACUUCUAUUUUCCAUAAUUUCUUAUUUGAAUUCAAAUUUUUGUUAGAAUAUUUAUUCUCACAAUAUUAACCUUCCUGGGAUUUGUAAAUUAUAAUAUGUGUAAUAAAUUGGAAAUUUCUUUCGUAAUA